AUGCAUGGAGAUUCCCUGCGACGCGGGCCCGGGCUACGCCUGAGACUGUUCCAGUUCGGCAUUCUUUUCGUCCUGGGUCUGGCCUUGCGGCACGAUGAAGACAUUGAGUCGUUUGAGUUGACGGUCGAGGGCUCCGAGGAGGGCCAGAUUCGAAAGACUCGCCAGAACUCCUCGCUGGAAGCCCGAAGAUACCGCAAGCGGCGCGACGUGCGGCGCACGCACGAAGGAUGUGAGGAACCUCAGAAGAUGGACAGCGCUCAGGAGGAGGCGCUCUUCAACACACAGUGUGGCAGCUGCCAGCCGACUGACGGGACCUGCCUGAAACGACGUGCGAUCUGCAUAUUCGACGUUCGGGUUCAGCACUACCAGUCUGGCAUGAAAGCGAUUGCCGACAAAGUCCCGAGGCAAGAUCUUCAGAAUUGCAGCGUGCAGAUCGAGCUACCCACAGAAGACAAGCCUGUUGGAGCGAAGGAAGUCAGAGACUUUGACGGCUCUUGCUUGAAAAGUUGCCUCGAAGAGGAGGCGCACGGAGACUUUGAGGCAAACAUGGAGGAGGACAUUUGUGAUGGCGUGCCUGGUUCAGAGGGUGUGCACUUUGGCUGCUUGGUCAUGGUCACGCCGGAGUGA